AUGAGUCGAAUGGCUUGUUGUAAUUUUGUCAAAUUAUUAAAUGAUACUAAUAAAUUACCAUUUUGUGAUUUUUUUAUAUCUAAACAACAAACACACAAGAUAAAUAAUACUUAUCAUACACCUGUUUAUUUAGAAUAUCCAAAUGAUGUUCAUGAAGAUCAUGUAACUUUUAUUUUUGGUAUUGCAUUAUUAAUAUCAAUAGCAGGACUUUGUACUUUAAUUUUAUCAAAAUUAACAAGACCAAAUAUAUUUGGUAGAGUUCCAAUUACUUAUAUGGGAAAUAAUACAUUACAAUCAAAUGAUUGUAAUUAUUUUAUGUGGUUUCCAAAUUGUAAUUACCGUGGUUCAUCAAUGUUAUUUUUUUUACGUGGUGUUACGUGUGGAAAUAGAAGAUCAGAUGCAUCAACAAGGAGAACUAACUCUACAUCUCUAAGUAUUGUCUCUCAAUCAUCAAUUAAUUUUUUACCCUCCUAUCAAUCAAUUGCCUUUUCAUACACAGUAUCAACACCAUUGAGAACAUCAACAAUAAUAUCACCAAUAUCAUUACCACCACCACCAGCAUAUGAUGAAAAUAAUGAUAGAAGUUCUAUCAAUAUAUCAACUAAUAACAAAACAUCUACCAAUUCAAAUACUAUUCCUCUUUUACAAGAUAGUGGAUAG